GUUAUUCUUCCCCUAUUUUCCUUUCUUCUCCAUUCAUUUAAGAUUUACAAUUCAUUUUUAUUAAAAUGAUAAUCAGUUUAUAAAUACUCAUAUAUAUAUUUGUCAGUACACCAUAAAAGAGAAAUAUUAUAUUUAACAAAAAUUACGGAAUUGAAUUUAUCUUUACUAUGUACUUCUAUAAAUCAAUACUUCACCCCUCCAUGGAAACCUCUCCUCUAAUUUCCGUCAGCUCGCGCUUGUAAGGUCCCGUCGAUUUUCUCGGUCUCUUGCUGUGCUUUUGGGCAGGAAGAAGAAUAAUUCAUCACAAUGGGUAAAGAAAAAGUUCAUAUUAACAUUGUCGUAAUUGGUCACGUAGACUCUGGUAAGUCUACGUCGACUGGUCAUUUAAUUUAUAAGUGUGGAGGUAUUGACAAACGUACUAUAGAGAAAUUCGAAAAAGAAGCCCAAGAAAUGGGAAAGGGCUCUUUUAAAUAUGCCUGGGUAUUGGAUAAGCUUAAAGCCGAGCGUGAACGUGGUAUAACCAUCGACAUAGCUUUAUGGAAAUUUGAAACCGCCAAGUAUUAUGUGACUAUCAUCGACGCUCCGGGCCAUAGAGAUUUUAUCAAGAAUAUGAUUACUGGAACAUCCCAAGCUGACUGUGCCGUGCUUAUCGUAGCAGCCGGUACGGGAGAAUUUGAAGCUGGUAUUUCGAAAAACGGACAAACCCGUGAACACGCUCUGCUCGCUUUCACUCUCGGUGUCAAACAGCUCAUUGUAGGAGUUAACAAGAUGGAUUCUACGGAACCGCCAUAUUCCGAAGCGCGUUUCGAAGAAAUAAAGAAAGAAGUAUCUUCGUACAUUAAGAAAAUUGGAUAUAAUCCGGCAGCUGUUGCAUUCGUUCCUAUUUCCGGAUGGCAUGGAGAUAAUAUGUUGGAAAUUUCUGAUAAGAUGCCUUGGUUCAAAGGGUGGGCGGUCGAACGUAAAGAAGGCAAAGCUGAAGGAAAGACAUUAAUCGAAGCUCUAGACGCGAUUUUACCACCUUCUCGACCUACCGAAAAGCCUUUAAGACUUCCUCUUCAGGAUGUAUACAAAAUCGGUGGUAUUGGUACAGUACCUGUUGGUAGAGUCGAAACCGGUAUUCUGAAACCCGGUAUGGUGGUAACUUUCGCACCUGUCGGUCUAACUACGGAAGUCAAAUCUGUUGAAAUGCAUCACGAAGGUCUUCAAGAAGCUGUACCAGGAGAUAAUGUCGGAUUUAACGUGAAAAACGUGUCUGUCAAAGAAUUGAGGCGUGGAUAUGUAGCGGGAGAUUCCAAAAAUAAUCCUCCGAAAGGUGCUUCUGAUUUUAUGGCACAGGUGAUAGUACUGAAUCAUCCAGGUCAAAUUGCUAAUGGAUACACGCCCGUAUUGGACUGUCAUACAGCUCAUAUCGCGUGUAAAUUUGCGGAGAUUAAAGAAAAAUGCGACCGUCGUACUGGUAAAACAACAGAAGAAAAUCCUAAAGCUAUAAAAAGCGGAGACGCGGCAAUCGUGAAUCUCGUUCCAUCUAAACCGAUGUGCGUUGAAUCUUUCCAAGAAUUUCCGCCAUUGGGUCGUUUCGCCGUACGCGAUAUGCGUCAAACUGUUGCCGUCGGCGUUAUAAAAUCUGUAACAUUUAAAGAUACUGCCGGUAAAGUAACGAAGGCGGCCGAAAAGGCCCAAAAGAAGAAAUAACUAGGCUCAGUGCCGCCUCGUACCGCUAUAGGCAACAAGGAAAUCAUCAUUUAUCUUUAUUAUUAUUUGUUGUUUAGGUGGUUGCAGCGGAAUUAUUUUCAUCGGAAGGAGUUUAGAAGGAAAGAUGAUGCGUUGAAAAAAUUUAGUUUCCUUUUAAUUUCUUAUUCGAUUAUUUGAUGUUAUUUAUUGGAAUUUUUCUUUUCAUUUUAAUUUUGAUUGAAAUGAUUCGAUUCUAUUCGAUUUAUUGUUGUAUGUUGAUUCUGUAUUGAUUAUGUAGGAUGUAAGUUAUUUUUAAUAAUUGAUAUUAUUUGUUAUACUUUUGAGUUGAAAAUUGAUGCCGAUAGACUUGAUAAAUAUAAACGUGUAUAAGCUUCUUACUAUCUAAUAAAGAAGCUCUUGAACAA